AAUUUUUUUUCUGCAAGCGCGCCGACUCGUUGCUCCACUCCGCCUUCGACCUCAACGCCUGCUUCGAUUCCGGGCCGGCGUUCCCUCGCUGGUGGUCUCUGGAGUUCGAGAGGCAGAUCGAUUCCAUGCUCCGCUCUGCCAUCGCCUGGAGCGACGGAACCCUCUCCGAGAUCCGCUCCCGUCACUGCUCCGACCUAUCCAUCAAUCUCGCCGCUGAGAGAUUGUUGUUAUGAAACUGCUCCUGCUUCUGUUGCUGCUGCUCGAGAUUGUUGAUCAAGAAGCAGGAAUUGUUGUUCAUGAAACCAGCUCCGGCGACACCGGGAACAACCCCAUUCUCCACCACCGGCCAUUCCUGGGAGCCGUAGAACUGCGCUUGUAUCGUCAUUACCGGAAGCAAAGAAAACAGAGCACCCCCAAUGAAUCAAGACGAACCCUUCUUUGUCCCUCUUUUCCUUUUCCGCCACCCAUUCGAAGCCGUUGGAGCGAAUUUCGUCUCAACCCCAAAAACAAGAAACAAUGGAAAUCUCAACACUAGCGUUCUAGCUACAGGAACUACCAGUUAAAUUCUCCUAACAUGAUUGUU